GAGGGCGGGCCUAUUUCCGGUGGCGCGUGGGGCUAGAGCCCCGGAGCCGUCUGCGGCUACCAACAUGGAGACUUUGUACCGAGUUCCGUUCUUAGUGCUCGAAUGCCCCAACCUGAAGCUGAAGAAGCCGCCCUGGGUGCACAUGCCGUCGGCCAUGACGGUGUACGCUCUGGUGGUGGUGUCUUACUUCCUCAUCACCGGAGGAAUAAUUUAUGAUGUUAUUGUUGAACCUCCAAGUGUUGGCUCUAUGACUGAUGAACAUGGGCAUCAGAGACCAGUAGCUUUCUUGGCCUACAGAGUAAAUGGGCAAUAUAUUAUGGAAGGACUUGCAUCCAGCUUCCUGUUUACGAUGGGAGGUUUAGGUUUCAUAAUCCUAGACCGAUCCAAUGCACCAAACAUCCCAAAACUCAAUAGAUUUCUUCUUCUAUUCAUUGGAUUCGUCUGUGUCCUGUUGAGUUUUUUCAUGGCUAGAGUAUUCAUGAGAAUGAAACUGCCGGGCUAUCUGAUGGGUUAGAGUGCCUUUUGAGAAGAAAUGAGUAGAUACUGGAUUUGCUCCUGUUAAUGAAGUUUUAAAGGCGCCACCAAUGCUCUGAUAUGGAAAAGGACGAAAAGCUGCAGAAAGGAAGCAUAUUAAAGCUUGAACUAGAAUGUCUUCUUGGUAUCAGAGACAAACUUAUCACAGUAUUUUUUCCUGCUGGCCUGUACCAACAAUGCUAAGUGGCAUUUCUUCUUAGUUUUUCAUCUCUUAAAGAAAAUAUCCUCCAUUUUUACAACUACAAUAUUGAAUAAAGUGAUUAUUUUUUACAGCCCCCUUCAUGUUUUUUGGAGAUGACAUUUCAGACUUUAAGAAAUAAAUGUAAAAUCAGGAAGUGAGAUCCUGUAAGCUGUGAACUCUGGAUGGCUGAUGAGCACUCCCUGUGGUGCUUUGUCUUUAAACAGUGGGUGACAGUUCAUUAUUUCAGAUUUGUAAGACUGUUUGCUGAACAAUAAGAGGUAUGAAAGGAGCAGAAGUAAAUAACUUUUCUAAUUAA